AUGGAUCACUCUCUGUUCGGAUGCCUUCGAAACCCACAUGCCCCGUCUCAAGCUCUGCACCCGGCGUUCACCCAGGCACUCCAUGGCCGCUCUGAUCACAUCUCCUACCCCGACCUCCCGGGACCUUCACCGCCCUGCAGCUACGCCGGGGAGGAGAGCAGUUUUGGAGGAGCUCAUCACAGAGUUCACCCCGCUCCGCAGCAUCCACAUCACCCGCAGCAUCAUCAGUGGCACGUCCCACAGAUGCCGUCAAUAGAGAGUGAGCGGCACGGGCUCUGUCUGCCGCACCCGGACGCUGCUGCUCCAGAACUGUGCGGCACUGGAGCGGGUUCGCAGGGCAUGUGCGCCGGUAACCCAACACUCACUGGAAGUGACCCUUCUGGGGUGUCAUGCGUGCCUGGAGAGUACGGGAGACAGAACAUGUCACCUGUUGAGCCGGAAAGAAGGAGCAGCAAAGGAAAGAGCGACAGUUCAGAUUCCCAGGAUGGGAGCUAUAAGUCAGACGUGAGCAGUAAACCUAGGAAGGAGCGCACGGCGUUCACCAAGGAACAGAUUCGAGAGCUGGAGUCAGAAUUCGCUCACCACAACUAUCUGACACGGCUUAGACGUUACGAAAUCGCUGUCAACCUUGACCUCACAGAGAGACAAGUGAAGGUCUGGUUCCAGAACAGACGGAUGAAGUGGAAGCGGGUGAAAGGAGGUCAACAGGGAGCCGCCGCUAGAGAGAAAGAGCUGGUGAACGUAAAGAAAGGGACUCUCUUACCCUCUGAAUUCUCCCCGAUGGUGGGACUCCAUCAUCCUAUCGGCUCUCCCAGCAAUGAGGACGACAGUCACGACAGCGAUCAGAGCUCCGAUCAUGCACAUUUAUGA